UCAUCAACUAUUACUGACUUUCCACACAGACAGGAAGCUGGUGCGUUUUCCUCUUACGUUCAUCCUAAACUGAAAGAGGAAGUUUUCUCUCCCCAUCUGAGAGUGUGCACACAUUGCGUCUCUAGUCUUCUGCUUGAGCUGCGAGCAGAGGGCUCCUCACUGCUAUGGAUGUCUACCAAGAGGCACUGAGCUACCUGGAGUCACAGCAUGUAGCAGAAGCAGGAAGAGACAUCCUGGAAGAUGUUUUCCAGGAGGAAGCGGUGUCCUGUUUUCUCUCCCCUUUCAGCUCUGAGAGCAUAGACUUCCCAGACAUCCUGACAUCAUGCACCCGCGAGGAAAUGCUGGAGAAGAAGCUGGCUGUCCUGAGGGGCAUCCUGGAGAGCGAGGAGGUGUACCUCAGGGAGCUGGACGCCCUGCUAACGCCCAUGAAGGCUCUGCGGGCCUCAGCCGGUACCUCCCAGCCGGUGCUUUCCAGUCAGCAGGUACAGACUGUUUUCUACCAGGUGCCAGAGCUCAGAGAUGUUCACCAGAGCUUCUUCUCAGGCCUAAAGGCCCGUCUGAGUGCUCACAGCCAGGCGGAGGAGAUGAGCUCCGCUCAGGAAAUGGUGAUGUGCAGCAACUAUAAGCUGGAGGUGGGAGACCUGUUUCUGAAAAUGGUAAACAGUCUUGGGCUGUACGGAGGGUUCAUUGAAAACUAUGAGAAAGCUGUUGAAGUUGUCAGGAAGUGCACACAGUCGAAUCCUCGCUUUCGCACUCUUGCAGAGAGCAUGUAUAUUAACGGUGCUGACAAAGUUCGGACGAUAUACACUCUAGAAGCUCUGCUGUAUAAGCCUCUGGACAGAGUAACCAAGACCACCCUAGUGCUGCGUGAUCUCCUGAAGACGACGCCAGUGGAACACAAAGAUCACGCAGCCUUACAGGAAGCUCUCAGAUUGUCUCAAAGCUUCCUGUCUGGUGUCAAUGAGAGUUCACAGAGUAAACGGGAGGUCAAGUUGACCCACGGCAUGAGGCGGCAGCUGAUGCGUGACGACUUUGUAGUGGAUGUGAGCGAAGGUGUCCGCAGCCUGCGUCACCUCUUCCUCUACACCGACCUCCUGCUGUGCACCAGAUUCAAACAUGCAGCCCGAGGGAAGCAGGACCAGUACAGGUUCAGCUGGUAUCUGCCUCUGGCUGGACUCAGAGUCCGCUGGGUCACAGAUCACGAACGACCUCCUGACACGACUGUUCGCCUGCAAACAUUAAGAACCAAGAUGUUCCUCCUACGGCAGCAGCUGCAUCAAAAUGUGAAGGGCACCAGGGGCCUGACUUGGACGGCUCGUAGCAGGAAGAAGCUGGAACAAAUGGAGUUGUUGCUUCUCACACAUUCCCCAGUUUACAGACUGGACCUACAUAGUCCCAGUGGCAAGAGUCACACUUUAUUCUUCUCAUCUCUGUACAUCCUUGAAGAAUGGAGAGACACCAUCCACAAACUCACCGCAGGAAACAUUGAAACCAUCCCUCCAGACCUGCUCACUCUCACCAGUGCCUGUGUGAAACUGAGAAUGACCCAGCAGCCACAUCUUCACUGCUCUGAAGCUGAAGACGAGACGUCGUUAUGUGGGACUGUUAGUGUGGCGAUCCAUUCAGCUUCUGGCCUGCAGGAACUAGCUUGUGUUUAUGUGUGUGUGGAGGUCGACGGUUACGGGUUUUAUGAUCAACAAGCCCAGACACAUUCAUCAGUACACAGCCUCAACCCACACUGGGACCAGGAGCUGUCCUUCCAGGUGGAUGGAGCACAGAAGAUGAUGGUGCUCUGUGUGAGUCAGUCAAAUGGACAAGAUGAUACCGUCCUGGGGAAAACUACUAUACAGUUGGAGUCUAAAAGUCUGAGCAGUCGGUGGAGAAGGCAGACCCUCCAGCUGGGUCAAGUGGAAGUGACCCUCUCCCUGAAAUACUGUCCACACCAGCUUGAAGCACCAGGCUCCCCAGUUCAACAACCUCCUGUCUUCUGUGUCCCCAUCGAAAAGGUGGCUCAACAGGAAGGAGUGCUGGUUCCUCAUUUGGUCAGAUGCUGCGUAGAGGAGGUGGAAAGGAGAGGAAUGGAUGAGGUCGGAAUCUACAGGAUUUCAGGCACCGCCACGGACAUCAGCUCGCUCAAAGCUGUAUUCAACAGCAAUCUGAGGGAAGCAGUAACCAGACUGAGAAGUGCUGAGGUGAACGCAGUGUCUGGUGUCCUUAAACUUUACUUGAGAGAGCUGCCGGAGCCUCUCAUACCCACUGAUCUGUUUCAGAGUCUGGCAAAAACUCUGGAUAUCCAGGAUUUGAACUCACGACUCGUCUCUAUGCUGUCCUUGUUGCAGUCUUGUCCGGAGGUCAACCGCAACACCUUCCUCUACCUCGUGCAUCACCUACAAAGAGUUGCACAGAGGCAUGAUGUUAACAAGAUGACUCUGCUGAACCUGGCUACAGUUUUUGGUCCCAGCCUCUUGCGCCCCCCGGUGGCAGGACUGGAGCAAAAUGGAGCCACUGUGGACAUCUCUCAGGAGGUGGUGAUACAGGUCCAGGUGGUUUUCUCCUACCUGCAGAGCAACAACCUCCCUGAAGCCCAGACCUCUGCACCGUACAGCUCAGACACUGAAGAUGAGACCACCCACAUGUGAGACCACCCUCUGUCUGGUGGCUGGCAGGGCAUUAAUGUAGCAGGAGGGGAGACAUCUGAGCUGCGAUUGUAAGAUAAUAAACCUUAUUUAUUGUUUAGGAAAAUACGAAUGAGUGUUUUUGUCAUAUUUUGCAACAUUUAGAGGAAAUCUACAGGACAGGUCACAGGGUCAACACAGAUACACCUAAGGCAAUUUAUACUUGGCAAUUAACGGGAAUGAUUUUGGACCGUGUGAGGAAGUUCUGGAGUAACUGGAGAAAAUUAUGACACAGAGGACCAAGGUGAGAUUUGAACCUAAAAAUAUUUCUAUCUAUGGAACAAGAGAAAUAAAAUACAAAUUACGUUCAAAUGCAUUCAUUCAAUUCAUUAUUUUCCUUAGUAUACAUUAUUUUAUUUAAUGUCAUUUUUACUUUUAGUUAUUUUCAACUAUGGUUGUUUAAAUGUUUAACUUAAUCAAAAACACAAUUUCAAAACAAUAAAGAGCCCGAAUAUUUGACUUAUUUACAAUAUAAAGUCCAGAGAAGGCUUUAAUUUAGUUUUGUAUCAGUUCAUAAAAAGUUAUGCUGAUUUAAUCCUUGACCAAAAACUAUCCACCAAGAAAAGAGCCGAAGAGGAAGAAAGGGUGUAUUUCAACUAUAAAUAUCCAGUCUGGUCGGGAUGACCUGGGUGGUAAACAGAGUAACAUCAAGUUUAAAUGCAGUUGUGGAAAAAUCAGGGGAGCACAUGUUGUAAAAAGGUCACAGUUCACCUCUCUGAGCCUGAAAUCCAAUCGGUCGUGGUUCAAAUCCAACUAGACGGAGUUCAACAUGCAGUGUACGGCCCAUAAAAGUCAGGAGCACAUACACGGCCGGUGUUUGACCCGUCCAUGCCACAGAUGGGAGUUUCCUUCCAGCCGCACCACCUGGGAAGGCCGGCUUAAUGUUUCCUUUUAGCCGAAUCCCCCUCCUCUCUUCUUCGAUCAGCCUUUUGAUGGAUAAUCCUGGACUCAGAGUCCAGCUCUCAUGGUACUAAUAGACUGGAGGGUGUGUGCAGACGCCACAACAGAGGGAAGAGACCGAUGGUGGGAUCACCUCGUCGCCCCCAGCAGCAUAAAUCACGUCUCCCUCCAACACGGUGGCUGCCAGUGUCAGGUUCCACUUGAUGACUACAAAGACAAAAUCAGGUUCCCGUUGCAAACUACAAAGAGAACGAAGUUAAGAAAGGCCUGAAACAUCCCAGACAGGGACAGUUUGACACCUGUUUUAAUCUAACAGGCCAAGUUAAUUGUCAUGUUAUGCCAGCUUUUGACUGCCUUAUGGAAAUGUCAACAUAGCAGUAAACUCACAAGAACAUUUUUAGAUGUUAGAGUCAGUUUUGUCAGCCUGGUAAAGUUGAAUAAAUAAUUAAAAUAUUUAUGAUAACCUCCUACUUUAGUUAAAGCUUCAAUUUCCUCUUUUUAGUAAUUCAUGAUGUGGUCCGGCAAGCAUUUUCAGUCAUAGUUGGGUCGAGAAAAAUGUAAAACCCAGAACAAUGUUACAGAUGCUAAAAUAAAAACACACCUGAAGGAAACACAUGGACCAAAGGACACCAACAGAAAUUGUCUGUUUCUCUGUUAUGCAGAAAUUUCAACCUUUCCGCACAAUAACAUAAAAUGGAAAGAUUUCUUUCUUACCAAAUCAAGUUCUAAAGCAGUUCAACAUUACUGUUAUAUUUGAUUUAGUGUUAUUUGUAUAAUUGUUUUUUAUGAUUAUAAUUAUUAUUACUAUAUGUUUAGGAAAUAUUUUCAAACGCAAAAACUGUCAAAAUAUGAAUUUCCAAAUUGAUAUGUUUACCUUGGGGCAACUAAUUCAUAUAUAUAUCUUUUAUUUAUUUUUUGUACACUAACAUAUCUAAAAUAGUGCUAUUAUUAAAAUAUUAUGGUUAAAUUGUGAAAAAAACUUGCGUCAAAGUGGAAAAGUGAAAGGCCAGAACAGAUAAUAAUACAAUUUUCGUAAUUUUUUCCCGUCUUUAAGAAAUGAUCUGUAUUGUAUCUGCGCGGGAGGAACCACAGCUAUAGUUUAUCAUAUAAUAUUAAUAAAAUCCUUUUUACCUAAACUAGACGUCGAUAUGGAGAAACAGGAAACAGUUGUAACAUUGAUUUCACAGUGAUUGGUUUAGAAUUACUUUGCUUUCUUUGAAUAUUCAAGAAAAAAGGAAGCAGCAAAUAAACUGUUGCCGCACUUUUUUCAUGUCUUUUCAUAUAUGCUUAUGUCUUGAAAAGCUUAUGUAACAUGAAGAAAUAAAGGGGACCUUCUGGAACAUCAAGUCCCGUCAUGUCUUUGAAGUGUGUCCAUCUCGUUUGGAUUGUUCAGAUAUGAGGAAAACUGAUUCUAAAGUAGAAUGCUGCUGUUAAUGGCUCUAACUAAACCUGUCCAGGGUAUAGACGAUGGAUGGAUGGAUGGAUGGAUGGAUGGAUGGAUGGAUGGAUGGAUGGAUGAAAUCUGAUUCAUGAAAACGUCAACAAAAGGGUUCCUUCACAGUCCUGAAAGUAUGGAAUUGGCUUUUAUAAUUUUCUAGAUUUGGAUAACUAUGGACACAAGAAAUCUGAAUAUGUGAAAUGAUUUCAGACUUAAUUCCUUAUCUGAUUAUUUAGGUAAAAAAAAUCUGAAUUUCCAAACAAAGUCUUUUCUUUAUUAAUUUAUCUUUACCCUGUGUCUUUGAAUUGCCACAUGUCAAAUUGAUUGUUAGUCAAGUCAUGUAUUGAUUGCUUUGGUUUUUCAUUAAUAAUAAAUAAUAUGCACUUAAAUUCA